UCCUGCUGUUCAUCAGUUCCUCAGGGACUCAGAGACAGUUUACCUGUCGGCAGGUGAAGGACGGAAACUGCUUUUCAGCUUAAAGCAAUUAUGAGGCGAAACCGGAUUUUUAUUGUCUUCCAGAAUCACAUAUACUUCAGGAUAUAAGAAGCAGAAAAAGUAUUAUUGUGUUGAAACUGUUGGACUAAGUGACGGAUGGCUGAAAGAGUUAGCGCGAGCUUCAUGAAAACGCAGCUCGUGAGCGCGAUUCAGCUGCAGGAGCUGGAGGAAGAGGAGGAGGAGGAGGAGCAGGAGCGCGAGACUGCUGUUGCUGCUGCUGCUGCUGCUAAACCUGCUGCUAAGCCUGUCAAGGAAGCCAAAGAACAGAAAUGUUACAGCGUAGAGGAGGCUGUGGAAACCAUCGGCUUCGGCCGCUUUCACAUACUGCUCUUUGUUAUUAUGGGCAGCGCCAAUAUUGUGGAGGCAAUGGAGAUCAUGCUGUUGGCUGUGGUGUCUCCGGAGAUCCGAUGUGAGUGGCAUCUGGAAGACUGGCAGGUGGCUCUGGUCUCCACGAUGGUGUUCCUGGGCUUUAUGGUUUGCGGGGUUCUAUGUGGAUACGUGGCAGAUAAAUACGGCCGCUGGAAGGUGGUGUUUGGUGGCUUCAUGUGGGCAGCAUAUUUCUCUAUGCUCACGUCAUUUGCUCCAACCUAUGGCUGGUUUAUUUACCUCCGCAGCAUGGUGGGCUGUGGAGUAGCGGCCACAUCACAAGGGUUUGUUCUAAAGACAGAAUUUAUUCCUGCUAAAUACCGAGGCUUGCUGCUGCCCCUGGCCUCAAUUUUCUGGAUGUUGGGAUCGUUGCUCAUUAUUAUUUUGGGGAUGACUGUGGUGCCCACACUGGGAUGGCGCUGGAUGAUUCGCUUCUCCGUCAUCCCCAGUGUUCUACUAAUCAUCCUCUUCCAGUUUAUCCCUGAGUCAGCGAGGUUCCAGGUCUCAACAGGGAAUGUAGAAGGAGCUGUUGUUACUUUAAAAAAGAUUGCAAAAAUGAAUGGUGCCAGUCUGCCUGAGGGGGAACUACGGGAAUCUAUAGUGACGGAGAGAGGAAAUGCUGCCACUCUGGUUAGUCGAGCUUUCCUGCGGACAUCACUUCUGCUGUGGUAUUCAUGGUUUGUAGCAUCUUUCUCCUAUUACGGCUCUGUGCUGAGCAGCUCAGAGCUCCUGGAGAAGAACCUGCUCUGUAUGACCGACGCCGACGCGGCGCACAGCAUCAAACACAACAAGGACGAGGCGUUAUGUUACUGCAUCCCAUUCAACAUGGCUGACUACCAGACCCUUCUCAUCAGCUGCCUGGGAGAAGUGGCACUGAUCCCUCUGAACAUCGGACUGUUGCAUGUCGUGGGCCGAAAGUUUAGCAUGGUCAUCCUGCUGGUCCUUUCGGCCGUCUUCUUCAUGCUGUUGAACAUCUGCACCACCAUGUUUGGGUUCACAGUGUUGCUCUUCCUGCUGCGUUCACUCGUCUCCAUGAAUUUUAAUGUGGUUUAUAUUUACACUGCAGAGGUUUACCCCACAGCUGUGCGCUCUAUAGGAAUGGGCUUCUGUACUUCAUUCAGCCGCAUCGGUGGCAUGAUUGCACCUUUUAUAGCUCAGGUCCUGAUGUCUAAGUCUGUGCUGUUAGCUCUGUCCCCGUUUGCUGUGACAUGCUGUCUGUGUGCUAUUGGGACUUUCCUGUUACCCAUAGAGACCAGAGGACGAGCGUUACUGGUAAACUUUAAAAGCUUUAUUAGUUUUGCAUGCUGCUCUUUAUGAAUAGUUUUCUUCUUCUCUCCUGCACUCAGAAUUCUUCUACAUUUGCUUUUCUUUAAUUAAUAUCUCUCUCUCUCUCUCUCUCUCU